GCUGGACUUGUUUCGUGAAAACAUGUUGCAUCACAGUGAGGAAGCUGUUCUGCAGUUCAGCAGAACUGCGUGUUUUAGCGCCAGGCGAAGGCGUACCGUCCGGUAGGGAAUACCAGAGACGGUGAAAGUAUGAAGAACAUGCAACUGAGCCGCCUGUCCGGCGGACAGCAGCGUACGGGUUCAGUUUGCCAUCUGCGUUGGUGUCGAAUGUCAGCGUUGAGACUGCACCGUAGAACUCUCCGGAGAGCUGGGUAAGAGCCUGUCACAGCUGUGGCUGCCUGCAGGCUCCGCCCCCCCUUACCUGUAAGACUGGAAUGAUGCAGAAAGCAGACAUGGAGGAAAUGACCAUAUGGGAGCAGCAUACUGUUACGCUGAUCAAGGAUCCCAAGGUGGGCUUUGGGUUCGCCAUUUCCGGAGGCAGGGACAAGCCCAGCCCAGAUGCCGGUGACACGAUCGUGGUUUCGGACGUGGUGCGGAAUGGGCCUGCCGCAGGGAGGUUACAAAUCCGGGAUCAAGUUGCCAUGGUGAAUGGUGUUUCCAUGGAAAAUGUCACCUCUGGGUUCACCAUUCAGCACCUCAAGACCUGUGGCAAGACCGCAAACAUUACGGUGAAGAGGCCUCGUAAGAUCCAGCUCCCCUCGAGCACGCGGCCCGUGCGCUCGGCCUCCCAGUCCAACCUGCUGAGCGACGAGCCGCCGCCGGGGAGGAGGCAGCGCCGCGCGUCCGACUCCGGCAGCGACCCCUACGGCCGCCGCCGCCGCCACAGCCGCAGCUCCACCCCCGACCGCAACGGCCACGACCUGCCCAUCAUGUCCGGCUUCAAGCGGCUGCCCAAGCAGGAGGGCCCGAGCCGGCCCGUCAAAGCCACGCUGCUGAAGAAGAACCUGACGGACGAGUACGGACUCAAGCUGGGCAGCCAGAUUUUCAUCAAACACAUGACCGAUAGCGGCCUGGCAGCCAAGGAGGGCACCUUAGAAGAGGGAGACCUCGUUCUCAAGAUCAAUGGCAUGACCACUGAGAACCUCUCCCUGCUGGAGACCAAGCACCUGGUGGAGAAGUCCAGGGGCAAGCUUACCAUGCUGGUCCUGAGAGACGACAGGAAGUUCCUGGUCAGCAUCCCUGAGGUGACUGACAGCGCCCCCAACAGCGAGGAGGAGAAACAUGGAAACAGCAGCUCGGAGCUCGAGGACAUUUCUGAUUUGGAGUCGGAGCUCCACGCUUCCACCCGGGACCGAGCCUCCAGGGAACGACGCCCGCGCAAACACCAUCGAGCAGAAGCUGCUCUUCCCUCCAAGGCUCGUGACUCUCCACCAUUGCGCUCCACUCUGACCCGGCCCCCCACUCAUUCCCAGCCCCCCCGCAGAGCUCCUUCAGAUUCGGACUCCGACCGCAGUCCCUCACCCCGCCCGAGCCGAGACACUCUUGAUCACAAGAGCAAAUACGGAACCCUCUCUGGCAUCGCCUUGCCCAACCCGCGAUCCUCUCCCAUAUCCCACAGCCUGGAGGCGGCGCACUGGGCUCCCCCCCGCCCCUCCUCCACCGCCUCGCGACCGCGGAAAGCCGUUUCGGAGUCUGACUCGGACCGGAGUGCCUCGCCCCCGCCUCGACGGGACAGCCCCAAAUCGGACAACCAUUCGAGAUACAGAGUCCUGCCCGACCUGCCCCAUCCAGGGCUCCGUGCCUCCCCACUCCCUCUGCGGCAAGACUCGCCCCGUCGAGGCCCCUCCCCUAUGAGAGCCCAGCCUAUCGAUGACUCUGAGACCGAAUCGGACGGCAGCUCCGGCCCCCCCCGCCGACAGGGCACCCCGGCCAGCCAGGACUCGAGGAGCAGAUACAGGGGGACCCUGGAGAAAUCCCCCUCUGUGGAACCCCCACGAUGGAUCCCCCCCACAAAGGUGGUCGCUCCUCAGGGAAGGGGACGUUCAGAAACGGAGUCCGAGGCCAGCAACGACUCAUUCACCAGACAAGCUACUUCAAGCAGCAGGGAUUUCAGAGAGUCCGUGGAAAGAACCAGAGUUCUUCCUGAGAUGCGCUCUUCACCCCAGUUACUGAAGCAGGACUCCCCACGAAGAGGCACAACUCCUGUCAGGCCUCCCUCUGAAGACUCUUCAGGCUCCGAACGCGCCCCCUCUCCCCCCAGAAGAUUCGAGAGCGCAGACCAUGAAAGCACUCCCAGUUAUUCACACUCUGUCAACGGUACUCUCCGCUCCGGGGUUUCCCUGUCAGGCAGGCCUGUGACACGCACUCCCCCUGAAGAGGAGCCGCUUUACUCUUUACCUCCCGACUCCCCCACGUACAUCACGAGUAACUCAGGGUACAGCUCGGACCAGAACAACGUGCGGUUUGUGAAGGAGGGGAGCGUGGGAUUGCGGCUCGUGGGCGGGAACGAUGUGGGCAUCUUUGUUGGAGGAGUGCAGCCCAACAGCCCGGCCCAGCAGCAGGGCAUGAUAGAAGGAGAUCAGAUAAUCAAGGUGAACAAUGUGGACUUCAGCCACUUCACCCGUGAGGAUGCUGCCAUGUUCCUGCUCAACAUCCGUACGGGCGAGCAAGUGAAUGUUAUCACCCAGAACAAGAAGGACAUUUACAAAAAGAUUAUGAAGUCGGGUCUUGGCGACUCUUUCUACAUCCGCACGCACUUCGAUCAUGAGGCAGAGGGGCCCAAGGGCCUCAGCUUUACCCGAGGCGAGGUGUUUCGUGUGCUGGACACCAUGUACCGCGGGAAGCUGGGAAACUGGCUCGCCGCGCGUAUGGGGAAUGAUCUGCAUGAGCUGGACAGGGGCACCAUCCCCAACCAGUCCAGGGCAGAGACCUUGGCGAGCAUUGAGCAAAGCCAGAGGGCCAGCGGGGCUGAGCGGCAGGCCUCCGGGCCCAGGGCAGAGUUCUGGAAGCUACGGGGCCUCAGAGGGGCCAAGAAGAACGUCCGCAAGAGCCGCGAAGACCUCCUUCAGCUGACCAUCCAGGGCAGAUACCCUGCGUACGAAAGGGUGCUACUGAGAGAAGCCAGCUUUAAGCGGCCCAUUGUCAUUCUGGGUCCCAUCAACGAUGUUGCCAUGGAGAAGCUGGCCAGAGAAAUGCCUAAGGAAUUUGAGGUGGCAGACAUGGUCCCUCGUAGUGGGGGGGAAGGCUCCUCCUCUGUCAUUAAGCUGGACACUGUGAGAGCGAUCUCAGAGAAGGACAAGCACCCGCUGCUGGACAUCACGCCCACCGCCAUCGAGAGGCUGAACUACAUCCAGUACCACCCGCUGGUGCUGUUCCUGGACCCGCACAGCCGCAAGGACGUGAAGGCCAUAAGGCAGCGGCUCUGUCCCGACUCCAACAAGAGCUCCCGCCGCCUCUACGCCCAGGCGCUCAAGAUCAAGAAGUACUACAGUCACCUCUUCGCUGGGCGUAUUGACCUCCAGCCCAGCUCCUACGUGUGGUAUAACGUUCUUAAGGACAAAAUCCGGGAACAGCAGGCAAAGCCAGUCUGGGUGUCGGAAGUCACGCUAGAGGGCGGUGGAGAUGAGGAGCUGGACGCUCUGAACCGCAUGGAGUCCUCAGACUACCUGAGCUGCGACAGCCGGGCCAACAGCGACUACGAGGACACGGACGGCGAGCCGUACACGGACGGCGAGCCCUACACCGACAACGAGGACCUGGAGGAGUCCUAUGAGCAGCGGGACAGGAACCCGAAGAGCAGGCGGGCCGGGCAGGCGCUGGCCCGGUCCUCGGAACCCGCCCUGGAGCCGGAGAGCUCGGACCCGGCGUCCGACUCCUACCCCGCGGAGCCCUACGGCGAGGACGCGUCCGCCCGGGAGAUACCGCCCAUCCUGCACGUGCCCAAGCCGCAGCCCCCCCGCUACUCCCCCGACUCCCCCGCCGCCGAUGUCCCCUCCUCGCACAGCUUCUCGGACUCCCCCUCCGAGUUCAGCGUCACAGACCCCCCGGUCCCGGCGUCCCCCUACGAGGAGCCCCCCAGCUUCCGUGCCCCAGACCCUCCCUCCAGAAACUCUUAUUCUGAAGCCCCUGCGGCUGAGGUGCUCCCAGAGGUCAACGAGGCCGUCACACUGAAUGACAUCGAGGAGAAACUCCAGAAGACUCGACAGGCUGGACCCCAGGAGAGGCCCACUCCUCCAUUGAUUGUGUUCGCCCACCAUCACGCGGUGCAGAUCAGACGCACUCAGAUCCAUGGCAGCGACAGCUCGGCGGAAGAUGCCGCGUCCGAUGACAUGGAAUGGGGCCCAGCCACCGAACUCUAGAGCACACAGGCUUCCAGCAGCCAGACCGGGACUUUAACUAGGGGGGCGUCUCCAGACCCAAGGACCCUCACAAAUCUACGGGUCUAUGGGUUGCUGUUAUUUUGCCCUGCAAUAACCUCUGGCCCUUGGGAUUGCCUAUUAUAAGAGAUCUGAAUCUCAAUUGUCUUUGGCCCUGAGGCGUUUUUGGCUAUUGUUCUAGUAUCUUAAACAUGGAUGACAGAGAACUGCGCCUUCCUGAAAGAGUUCUUUUUCUAAAGUGAAAAACAGAACUUGUCGGUCAGAACUCCCAAGGCUCCCUGCAGUUUAGAUAAUUUCAGUGAAUGUAUCAUUUUACUGUAUUUUUUAAUGUACACAUUUUCUUAUUUUGUAAUAACAGAUCUGAAAUAUUGUGAGGUUUUACUGGCAAAGACGAGGUUAUGCAAGCUACAAGAGCAUUUAUGGGAACUGCUGAUGACUGCCCUUUUCAGCUGUUCUUCGAGAACAAACUCACGUCUAUACAGCAAUUUGUUUUUGAAAAUGUAAUUUUGGCUCCGAUUUAGCGUGAUAUGGUGCGUUUGACCUGAUAUCAAAAUUGUCAUCUGUCUGAAUUACACAUCCAGCAGCUGGAUAUAGAGGUUUAGAUACAAUAACAAAUGGUUGCUCAUUUCAGUGUUUUAAGUUAUUGUAUAAGAUACCAGCAACAUGUCCUAAACUUCCACCUCCUUUAAAGACUACUUUUGCAGCCUCAUCACUGUCAUUGUUUUGCCUUAUAUAGAUUUUUCUGUGAAACUCCAUUAUCAAUCUGCUGCCAGUAUUGUUUUAAACAUAUAUUAGAGGGGCAACUUGGUAAUUAAUAGAUCUUUAAAUGUAAAAUCUGUGUAUACAAAUAAGGACGUUGGACUAAAUUUGUUUAUCGAAAAUGCAACCAAAAGAAAAUGUUGAAAACGGACUCCUGUGAUUGUGAUUCAGAAGCCUUCCGGAAGACUCACCGUGCCGUUUUUAAUAAUGACAUUUCCAACUGUCAUCUAUGUCUUGAAGAAAGCUUAUUCCUUCAAGCUAAAAUAUUUUUUCAUUGGGUGAAAUAUUUUAAGUGACAAGAUUAAUAAACUUUUUUUCAUGAAUUUUAA